AUGAUACAAAAUGAAUUAUGUGAUAGUGAAACGGUCUUAAAAUGUAACAGUCUCGAUGGAAAACCACAACUUGAUUCAUUUCUGAAUAAGGAUGGUUUAAUGUUAAGGACAUACGGGUGGAUAGUAAAAAACGCAAUAGGUAUUAUCAUUUUAAUUCAUGGUUUAAAUUCACAUGUAAGAUUUUCAUUCCUAAGACACAACGUAGAUAUAGUGGGUAACGAGAAGGCCAUAUUGAAAGACGAAAAUAAUUAUUACGUUUACAAGGAUAGCUGGGUAGAGCGAUUUAAUAAGACUGGAUAUUCAGUAUAUGGAAUAGACUUGCAAGGUCACGGGAAAUCUGAUGGAUGGGAAAAUUUAAAGGUUAACGUAAAACGUUUUGAUGACAUAGCAUACGAUGUGAUAGAGUAUAUUCAGAAAAUUCAAGAGAAAUCAGGGAAGAAUGAAAAUUCGUGUGAUGCCCCACCAUCUGGUGAUAAUAAGAGUGUUACUAAAAAAGCCCUUCCCACGUACUUAAUUGGUCAAUCCAUGGGAGGGAAUGUCGUAUUAAGGACAUUGCAAUUGAUAGGGAAAUCGAAAGAUGAGGCCAAGAAAAAAUUAAAUAUUAAAGGUUGUAUUUCGUUAUCGGGGAUGAUUUCCAUCGAGAGAAUAAUUGCGUCACCACGUUCGUUUAAGUAUAAACUUUUUUAUUUGCCUUUUACAAGACUAUUUUCCUUUUGUUUUCCAAGGUUAAGGCUUAUCAAUAAUAUGCGCUAUAUAAAGUACCAGUAUAUGCACGACCUUUAUAAUUAUGAUAAAAUUAGAUACAAAAAAGGAAUAACGUACAGAUUUGCGUACGAGCUUUUAAAAGCAAUGGAUAAUUUGCAAAAAGAUAUGAAGCAUAUUCCUAAGGAUAUUCCCAUUUUAUUUAUUCAUUCCAAGGAUGACACUUUGUGUUAUUAUAGAGGCGUUGUGUCAUUUUUCAGUAGACUAAAAAAUGAUAAUAAAGAAUUGCACAUUCUUGAAGACAUGGAGCAUAUGUUAACUGUGGAGCCGGGGAAUGAAAACGUUUUAAAUAAAAUUAUGCAAUGGCUUUCGAAGCUAAACCCCAAAAGGGUAACUACGAAAUUUAAAAAAAAAAAGAAGAAAAAAAAAAAUUCCAAGGGUCAAGACAAUUCCACCAC